AUGGUGGUCCUCAAGGGGAGGGACGCCGGGAGGGCAGAGGAGGAAGCGGCCCCCGCCCCCCUGGAGCAGCCCCACGGGAGGAUUGAAGAUUGUCUGCCGCGUCUGGCCAAUUCUUCCACCAAGAGAUUCUCCCCAGCCAAACGGAAGCAACAUUACAUUAACCAGGCCAUUCGCAACUCAGACCUCAUUCCCAAGGCCAAAGGACGCAAGAGCCUCCAACGGCUGGAGAACACUCGAUAUCUAAUGACUCUUCUGGAAAGGGACGAUUAUGCCCCAGAAGAGGGAGAACCGUCCCACUCGGCUGCCCCGAGCAUUUUUUCUGAAGCCUGCAACAACGAGUCGUAUAUGGCGAUCUGGAAUGAUUUCGUGAACCGGUCUGGCGAAGAGCAGGAGCGACUCCUCUCGUAUUUGGAAGGAAAAGCCACAAAGAAGCGGAGAAACAAGCUGCCCGACGGAGCCGGAGAUAACUGGAAAGAACAUCCUGCAUAUACACCCAAAGAAUGUUUCCAACGCAUCAGCCGACGCCUGCGCAUGACACUGAAGCGUGGCCGGAUCCCCAUGGGGACCCUGGAGUGUCUGGAGGAGGAGAUACUGGCCUUUUUUUCUGUUAGCCCCCACUCCGUCUACACGGCAAUGAUGGAUAAUAGUUUCGAGCGGCUGUUGCUUCACGCCCUCUGCCAGUACAUGGACCUUGCCUCUGCCAGUUCCAGCAACGAAGGGAAGCGGCAGAUGAAGGUCAGCAACAAGCGGACCGUCUUUCUCCCCCCGGACCUCCUGCUUUCGGCUUACCUGGAGCAAAUGAGCUGAUAGAGGCUCGAGGAAGAGGGCCCC